AGUGUAGCCCCAUCAGUGUCACCUGUCAGUGUCCAUCAAUGCCACCUGCCAGUGCCCAUCAGUGCCACCUAUCAGUGCUGCCAAUCAGUGCUGCCUAUCAGUGCCAGGCAGUGCCGCCUAUCAGUGCGCAUCAGUGCUGCCUAUCAGCACCUGUUAGUGCUGCCUAUCAGUGCCGCCUAACAGUGCCAGUCAGUUCCGCCUAACAGUGCCAGUCAGUGCCGCCUAUCAGUGCCAUAUAUGAGUGCUGCCUUUCAGUGCCCAUCGGUGAUG